AUGGCACUCUUAAAGCUCAUCCACAUGAAAUACAGGGACCACGACUGUCUCGCCCUUAAUUUUUCCAAGAGCUACCACAUAGAUCUGGCACAAAGGGGCCACGCUCUGGACACCCCACAACUUCCACAGGACCUGCCUCCAGGACUCGCAAAAAAUAUCAAUAUCACAUUCUUCAAUGGGGUAUUUAAAAAUGUGGAAAGCAUGGCUGAAAUUUUUGACUGCCUGGGCCCCCACUUCAUCUGGCUGCAGGCCGUCUUCACCAACUUCCCAGUGCUGCUCCAGUUUGUGAGUGGUCUGCGGUGUGUGGCUGGCCUCUGCCCCCGGGACUUUGAGGACUAUGGCUGUGCCUGCAGGUUUGAGAUGGAGGGGCUGCCGGUGGACGCCUCUGACGGAUGCUGCUUCAAGCACCGCAGGUGCCACGAGGAGGCCGCGGAGAUGGGCUGCCUCCAAGACCCCGCCAAGCUCUCCACAGACAUCAACUGCACCAGCAGGAGUAUCACAUGUGAGUCCAGGGACACGUGUGAGCACCUCCUGUGUACCUGCGACAAGGCGGCCAUCGAGUGCUUGGCUCGGGCCACCAUCGGCUCUUCCCUCAACCAUCUGGACGCCUCGUUCUGUCAGGCUCGGACUCCAGAGACAACCAGCGGGGAAGAGCUGACGACCUUUCUGCCCGGAGUGGUUCUCAAGAAGUCCACGGACACCAGCCUGAUGGCCCUUUCAGGAGAAGUGGCAGCUGAGGCGCGAGCUGAGGGGCUGACCACUCUCCCCAGGACAGAACCGGGCCAAGCUCGGGAAGGCGUGGAAGCUUCUGGGCCCACACCCCCUCCAGGAUCUGCCGAGAUGGCUGCCACAGCUAAAGGUGAAACCAUUACCCCUGCUGGUGUUAAACCACUGGGACAGAAUGUGUCACCCCUUGAAGGUGGUCCUGAGGAGACAACUGGAUCAGCCUGUGACAGGUUCACUUUCCUGCACCGGGGAAGUGGGGACAGCCCGCAGGUGAUGCCGCAGCUUGGGCAGAUGCUCUUCUGUCUCACGUCCCGGUGCCCAGAGGAAUUCGAAUCGUACGGCUGUCACUGCGGGCAAGAAGGACGAGGGGACCCAAGAGAUGCCCUGGACAGGUGCUGUUUGUCCCAUCACUGCUGCCUGGAGCAGGUGAGAAGGCUGGGCUGCCUGCUGGAGAGGCUCCCACAGAUGUCAGUGGUGUGCGUGGAUCACACACCCACGUGCAUGGGGCGGAGCCUGUGCGAGAAGCUGCUGUGCGCCUGUGACCAGAUAGCAGCUGAGUGCAUGGCCUCUGCCUUCUUUAACCAAAGCCUCAAGUCACCAAGCAGACAAGAGUGCCAGGGCAGCCAGACACCGUGUGAGGACAGCAGGCGCGGAGAGCCCUCGGCUUCUCUCCUUGGCUCUAGCUCUGAGGAGAAUAGCGAAGAAGACGGGCCUGGCCCAGAGGACCUCGGAAGAGCCAGGAGCUUUCUGGGGAAAGCCCUUGAUCCCGAGGGGACCAGGCCACUCCAUGGAAGAAGAUAG